AUGAGCAUCGAUGACUAUUUCAAGAAAACUGCUGUCAACAUGCCAAAACCACAGAGGGGAAGGAAGACUGAAGGAGGCGAUGAAAUCCUGCACGCUAUCCAAGAAGCUAGCCGCGGAGAUGCUAACACUAGCUCUGGCCCUACGGCAGUAACAUCUGAUGCUAACGCCAUCAUACAUGCUCUCACAGCGGUCAUAGACAGCAAACUAUCCGGUGUCACUGAACAGAUUGAGAAAAUGGAGACGUCCGUGACACACACGGUGGAUAAAAAAAUAGCUGAUGUCACACAAAUGAUUGAAACAAAGCUGGCCUCUGUGCUGGAAGCCAUCGCCGCCCGAGGAUCUGAGAUACAGGCCCUAGCCGCGAGAAUGGAUAUCGCAGACAAGCAAAUGGAAGCCAUAGACCAGACUGCAGCUGCAUCCGAAACCAAAAUCGUAACAUUGGAAAAACAAAUCAAACAACUAAAAGAGCGCACUGACCAGCUGGAGAAUCACUCCCGGAGAUCUAACCUCAGAAUACUGGGAAUAGAAGAACGUGUAGAGGGGACAAACGCGGUGAAAUACCUUGAGAGGUGGAUCCCCGAGUACCUUCAUCUUGGCACCGCAGACGAUAGGAUUGUCCUGGACCGAGCCCAUCGCACACUGGGUCCGAUGCCAUCAAGCGGACAGAGGCCACGUCCCUUCAUUGUCAAAUUCCACUACUACUCCGAUAAAGCCCGAGUGAUGGAAGCCGCACGCAAACUCCACCAGAACGGGACCCCGCGUCAACAGAGGAUCCUCUUCUUCAACGAUUAUUCAGCGGAGGUCGUCCGUAAGCGUAAAGCUUACGACGUUGUGAAAGCUCGACUCCGGGAGUUGGAAGUGGAAUACGCGCUGUUAUACCCAGACAUCUUGAGGGUGAACACUGAUGAUGGAAAAUAUCGGCGCUUCUCAACCCCGGGUGAGGCCAACGUGUAUGUUCGCACUCUGGAGCUGGCGCGUGCCCCGCCUUCUCUCUCUGCAGAAGUUGUGUUCUGCGGUUCUGAGUUCUGCCUGUGGAUUGGCAGCUUCCAGGCUGAGCCCAGCCUGGGGGUGGCGCUGGGUCGUCAGUUUGACCUGCGCUGCACAGAGUUCUUGGCUCUGUGCGUUAAUGGGCCGUGUCUUGGAGCGCGGCCCACUCCCCUGCGCGAUCCAGUGGCCCACAACUUCAACCCAGGCACAGGUUGGAGCUCGCUGCCCGGACAGCUGCCCGAUCCUUUUCCCAUCGAGCUGAACUCGACUUGCCUGUCCCGCAGCGGCGAAACUGCUUUCCAACUCCCACCAAAAAGGAGCACCGUGGACCAUCGCGCCUCAAGCCACCUCUGGGCUUCCCGGGACCGAUCCCCGCUCCCUGCUCCCGUGUGUGGGAAAGACUAG